AUGAAGUACGAACGUAUGGCCAUCGAGAAAGAGGCCCCCGAGGAGGUAGGCGCCAUUAUCAAGUACAACUUAUCCGAGAGUGCCAUUGCGGACCAGACGCUUGAGUCCCUGGGUAUUGUGAUUCCCAGUCAGUCUAUCCUGACAUACACAGAGCACAAAGGAAGCCAUCAUGUACGUUCUGUCGUCGCUCGAGCUUCCGGCGGAACCAUCACCCCCGAGGAUGUACUUGUUACCGCGGGGGCCUCAACUGCCCUGUUCAUCAUCAAUACGGCGCUCAUUGGGCCUGGAGACCAUGCCAUUGUGACACGGCCCAACUACGCCACUAAUCUCGAGAUCCCGCGGUCAAUUGGCUGUGAUAUUUCUUUCAUUGACCUCGAAUUUGAAUCGCAAUUCCGCCUGGAAACAGACCGUAUUGCUACCGCCAUUCGCCCCGGCAUCACAAAGCUUAUCAGCAUCUGCUCCCCAAAUAACCCGACCGGAACAAUGUGCACGCUCGCGGAACUGAAGCGACUUGCUUCGCUGGCCAAAGAAAACAAUUGCUACCUGCUCAUAGACGAGACAUAUGCAGAUCUCGUCGACUACACUUCCGACGAUGUGGACCCAUCCCCAAGGGGAGCAUGCCUCGGAGACCACGUUGUCACAGUAUCAUCCAUGUCCAAAGCCUACGGCGUACCGGGGAUCCGAGUUGGAUGGCUUACUACUACCAACCCCAUCCUGCAAGAGAUGUUCCUCGCCGCCAAAGAGCAGAUCAGCAUCAGUGGGAGUGUGCUGGACGAACUCAUCGCCGAGCAGAUUCUCUCUCGUCGAGACACACUCCUUCCCUCCACCAUUGCGGAAAUGCGCCACCGAAGGGACUUUGUAGCGGGGUGGGUGCACAAGCACAAUGACUUGGUGGACUGGGUGAGGCCCGAUGCCGGCGUCAUGUGCUUCAUCAAGAUCAAGAAAGAGCCCAAGGGCGGUAUUGAAGCGUUCUACAAACGCCUUCUCGAUGAUUACGGUGUUUACAUUGGCCGUGGUACCUGGUUCGAGAGGGAUGAUUGCUUUUUCCGGCUUGGUUAUGGGUGGCCCACGUUUGAGCAGCUCAAGGAGGGGCUGGACAAGAUCUCAGAGGCGCUGACGGCAUAA